AAACUCGUAAUUACUACACUCUUCGUCAUCAUCAAAGCUGAAGCGUCAUAACCUCCACAAGAAACUCAUCCAUGGGGAUCCGUAGCUACAUCUCAGCAACAUCUACUACACCGCCGAUUCCUCAGGAUCAGUUACCCAAUCCUCGACCAACCAAAAUCAUUCUACCCAACAAGAAACCGGAGAAAUGGUCCACCGGCGUUGCUCCCGGAGAGUACGGUGGUCCUCCGACCACCACGAAGCUCCGAAAGUACUGGGGAGGUGAAAAGGAAGACCCCAUUACCUCCAAAGACUUAAUCUGGAACAGAGAUUUUAUGGAUCAAAUGAAGAAAUUGUUCGAUUCCCCUGAUGAUUCUUCUCUCGACCCAUCUCCCUCUAAGGAAGAGUCAUCUGGGUUUCUGAGCUUUAGCAGAGUUAUGAGCCUUGACAGUAUGGAUGUUGAUUUAAGCAAAGAGCUUGCACCGUCUUCCAAACCCGUCUUAAAAGAUCUUGAAUCCUCCAAAUCCGAAGCCAAAAACCAGAAGCAGCAGAGAGUGUCUCCUAAAUGGAAGCUGGCACCAACACGUCGUGAGCAAGAUAAAUGGGAUAGAGCAACUAAGGCUGCAACUGGUGGCAGAGAAGUGAUGUUUAGGGAACUGAGGCGGCCACGUGGUGACCCACAAGUUUUGGCUGCUGAAUCAAGGGAGCAAUAUUACAAGCUGAAAAACAAGCUACAGGUUCUCACAGUUGGUAUUGGUGGUGCCGGUUUAGUCUCAGCUUAUCUUACAUACACCCCAGAGAUAACACUUAGUUUUGGUGCUGGCUUGAUGGGUUCUUUAGUAUACAUGAGAAUGCUUGGUAACACUGUAGAUGCCAUGGCAGAUGGAGCCAGAGGAGUUAUGAAAGGUGCAGCUGGACAGCCACGGUUACUUGUCCCGGUUGUGUUGGUUAUGAUAUUCAAUAGAUGGAACGCAAUACUUGUUCCGGAGUAUGGAUUCAUGCAUUUGGAGUUGAUACCAAUGUUGGUUGGGUUCUUUACUUACAAAAUUGCUACAUUCUUUCAAGCUAUAGAAGAAGCCAUCUCCAUUUCUACUCAAAAGACCGAUGUCUAAAGGCGCCUACUUCAGUCUCUCUAUAUAACAAGUUAGAUUGUUCUGUUUUCACCAUCUCCAGACAAAAGGCCAGUGAUUAGGUCAAAGUCAGCGUUGUAAGAAAAGGUAUUCAUACACAAAAGUAUUUAAUCUGAAAAGAACUCAUUAUAAAUUCA